GCACGUUUUGUAUGUGGCACACCGAUGCGAGGUCGUAGGUAAUAGGUGCAUCUUUCGUGGGAGUUUAUUUCAUUGUUUCUUUCAACAUGGAUAACCAAUUCUUGAUGAUGAGUUUCACGGUGCUUUUCGCCGUUGUUGUCAGGUGGAUGAUUUCGCUUAAUUCGUAUUCUGGUGCAGGUACACCACCGAUGUUUGGGGUUGAAGCGCAGCGACACUGGAUGGAAAUCACGCAUAAUUUACCAGUGAAACAAUGGUUUUUCCGGAUAAAUACGGUAAUGUACUGAGGUUUAGACUACCCACCACUCACUGCUUACCACAGUUUUGUGUUCCAUUUCAGAGCUGAUAGAAUCAAUCCAGAGUGGGUGGAAUUACAUAAAUCAAGGGGCAUUGAAACGUAUGCGCAUAAAUUAUACAUGCGAUCCACUGUACUGGUAGCAGAUUUACUGAUAUACAUACCAGCGGUUGUGUUGUAUUGUUAUAUUACAUUGAAAGACAAGACUCCAUCUUAUAGACUACUAUCUUCUGCCGUUAUUUUGCUGUACCCAGGCCUGAUGUUAAUAGAUCAUGGACAUUUCCAAUAUAAUUGUAUAUCAUUAGGCCUGACUUUAUGGGCUAUUAUAGGAAUGCUGUCAGGCCGAGAACUACUUGGUUCUAUGGCAUUUGUUUUAGCGCUAAACUAUAAACAAAUGGAACUUUAUCAUGCUUUACCAUUCUUCUGUUUUCUUUUUGGAAGAUGUGUUCAGUUAGAAAAGAAAGCUGGUUUAUGGAAGCUCAUUAAAAUUGGAUGUGUUGUCAUAGUAACCUUUUUAUUAUGCUGGUUACCAUUCCUUGGUGAUUUCAACCUGGCUUCCCAAGUCUUACACCGAUUAUUUCCAUUUUCAAGAGGGCUUUUUGAGGACAAAGUGGCUAAUUUUUGGUGUUCUCUGUCAGUUGUGGUUAAACUAAAGAAUAUAUUCACUCAACAGUCUUGGGUUUUCAUGACUUUUUAUUUCACAAUGAUAUUCCAUUUCCCGUCGUGCAUACAUUUAUUAUUCAAACCAUCAACAGAGAAUUUCAAAGCAGCUCUGGUAAAUUCUUCUUUGAUAUUUUUCUUGUUUUCCUAUCAAGUACAUGAGAAAAGUAUCCUGUUACCUGCCUUGUCUGUCUGUUUGUUGUUGCCAAGAAAACCAUUUUUCUGUUUAUGGUUUUUGAUAAUGUCUACAUUUAGUAUGCUACCUUUAUUAAUUAAAGAUGGUUUAGUCUUACCUUAUACCGUCACCAUGCUACUAUUUCUAAUAACUACAUGUUAUGUAAUGGAUACCAAUACAUGGAAACUCGCCGUCUUUGAAAAUCCACCAACCGAAAUCUUAAAGAGUGUUAUGACUUUCUCAUCAGCUGGUUUUAUACAAGCAUGGUUUUAUGUUUGUUUGAUAGAAAUUGGAAUCCUGUCUUGGCUGUCUGUAUUCAAAGCACCGCCUCCUAAAUAUCCCGAUCUCUGGCCUGUUAUCAUCUCAGUCUUCUGCUGUUUACAUUUUCUUGCCUUUCUUGUCUAUUUUCAUAUUGAACAGUUCUUUGGUGAACACUGUGAAACUUUGAAAGCAAAGGGAACCAAAAGUGACUAACCAUCAACGCAGGGUGAUACUAGCAUAAUGCAUUUUUAACCUAAUGAGAAAACACGAAAUAUUUUCUGAUAUAAUUCAAAACAAUUUCAAAGGAUUUCUGUCUGAUGAAAUAUUUUAGCUCCCUCAAAUUUUAAAAUAACUUUCCCUUUUGCAAAUUUAAGAGGUACCGUCCCCUGGCCAAUAUAUACAAUAAUGAGAUAUGUAGUGUGAAAUUAAGAAUAGACACUAAGUUAGGGGGUUUUGUUUGUCAUUGAAGGUUAGUUACAUUGUAGGUAGGCUUGUCUACAGGAUAAGAUCCUCUAGGACUCUCAAAAUAAAAUGUGCGGAAUAUCUACUUUUAAUAUUUCAUAUUUUUAGAAAUUUUAUUUUCGCACAUUUGUGAAUGCAAUUUUAACGCAGCAAUAAAUAAUUGUUACUCGUAUGUUGGCGAUAUUCCUUCCAUUUAAUCUGUUUGUCAACAAUAUUUAACCACCAGCCUGAUAGCUUUGAUAUUUGAAGUAGUUACAUUACAUGAUCCUUUUUAUUUUGUGAUGAUUGCUAUAAUUUGUUUUUUGCAAAUAUUUUCAAGUUAUUCUUGAAAACUGCUAUGAUAAUAUACAUUUAGGUUUUGAGUUGAAUUAUUUGAAUUAUUUUCUGAUUUUAUUUUAUUUUAUUUUAUGACAUUUUAUGACAUUUUCUUUGUCAAGUUUAGUGGAAAUUGUUAUUCUUUUUCUUCUUUUCGAAAACUACACACCCAAUUGCUUUGAUACUGUGAUAUAUCUUUCUGUGCUAGUAAUUUAAUUUUUAAUUUUUAACUUUGUUUUUUCAAAAAUGCUAUGUCAUUUAGGGAGGGCCAUAAAAAUUGUACAUUUUGUAUAGUGGUAUCAUGAGAACAAACAAAAUUAAUUAAACAAAAUCAACUAAUAUUUACAGACAAUGGGACAAGUGCAAGCUUUGAUUUAUAGAAAUCUGUGCAUAUUAAAUAUUUCACAAUUUUUGCACAUUGAUGUUUUAAAUGUAUUCUAAGUACACAUAAUAAUAUGAAGUUAUUACAAGAACACCACACUAGAAUACAUGAAGUAUGCACAAGGGCAGUACAGUAAUCAUGUUGAUAGUCGCACUGCCUACCUGAGUGCAUACUUUGCGGUAUCCUCAUACAUCUUUUCCCUGCUUAUAAUAACAUCCCAAAAUUGCAACAACAAAUGUUUCACGCUGAGUGACACAAUUCAGUUUUCAUCAUGCGCUCAUAGCACUUUUGCGUCUGAAGUAAACAAAAGAAACGCUUCAAAUGUCACGUGAAUUACAUUUUCAAA